AAAUCUAUAUGUAGUUUAUCUCACAUGCGCAACGUUUUGUUGUAUAUGUCGUGACACUGCAGCAGGUACUUUUUUUAAAGCAUUCAUCAAUGUGCAAUUAAUAAGUGCCUGACAGUAAUUAUAUUUCUUUUUAUUGUCAUCAGCUGAUCUGUAAUUAAAAGCAUAAAAGGAGUAUAAUUUGAAAUAAAAUGUAUGAACCAGAAGGUUUUAUAAGACCAGAAGUGCAACAAUGGUUUUCCUUAGUGGAUAAAGAUGGAAGUGGUCAAAUUACAGCAACUGAAUUAAAAGCGGCUUUAGCUAAUGGAAAAGGUGGAACUUUUUCAGAAUCAGCUUGUAGAUUGAUGAUCAGUAUGUUUGGUAAAAAACAAAGUGGUUUUUUAGAUUUACAAGAAUUUCAAGAGGUAUUUAAAUAUAUCAAUUCUUGGAUUGAUUUCCUACGUAAUAUUGAUCUAGACCAGUCUGGAAGUAUACAGGAAUAUGAAUUAAAUGCGGUAUUAGAAAAAAUGGGUUAUAAAAUUAGUCCUACAUUUGUUCAAUUUCUUAUUAAGAAAUGUGACCCCAUUAAUGGUCAAAGUAUGAGUGUCGAUCAAUUUAUUGUUUUUUGUAUUCAACUAGAAAAGUUUACAGGUGCGUUCAAAAGUAGAGAUACGGAAAGAACAGGAACUAUUUCUAUUGGAUUUGAAGAUUUCUUGAUGAUAGCUUUUGAUUGUAGCUUUAACUAAAUAUUUUAUUAACUCUGAUUAAUGCUAAUUAUAUUUAAUUAAUAUUAAGAAUGAUCAUUAAUAAUGAUCAUUAAUAGUUUGCUUUCCCCAUUAUUUAUCUUAAUUAUUCUACAUU